UUAGCAUUUCUCUUGCAAGGCUAUAUCCUACUCAAAGAGCAAAGAAAUGACAGAGGUGAACCUUAUUACUCAGUUUUCUUCUAAGAUGAUUUGGUAAUUACAUUAGAACAUCUGGGUCAAGAAAUAAGUGGGGGAAGCACCAGAAGCAUACAUUUACAGUGAUAUCUGUAUCAUGGUUUCUGUUGUACUAAUGUAUGGGAUAUUUCAGGAUGCAUUGACCUAUGAUGAUGUACAUGUGAACUUCACUCGAGAAGAAUGGGCUUUGCUGGAUCCUUCACAGAAGAGUCUCUACAAAGAUGUGAUGCAGGAGACCUACAGGAACCUCACUGCUAUAGGUUACAAUUGGGAAGACCAUACUAUUGAAGAACAUUGUCAAAGUUUCAGAAGACAUGGAAGGUAUAUCCUGUGUCACAAUGGAUACAAGCCAUGUGAGCACAAGGAUAUUGAAAGAAGCAAUGCCCCCCACCCCCAGAACAAUUAAGAUAUAUGUAGCAGUCCACAUUUGAGCAGACUUUCUCAGUGUGAUACAAGUUUAUAAUUAGUUGGUUUCCCAACUUCAUUGGGAAUAUAUCCAUAAAGUCACAUAGCAGAAAAUCCCUAUGAAUACUAGGAUUGUGGAAAUCCCUUUCUGUUUGUCCUGGUUCACUUUGCUGAUGUGGUAUGCAAAUGUAGUGUAUUUCACAAUAAAGGAAAGCAUAUGAAUGUA